AUGGUAGCAGGUGACAGCAAGGGACUCUUGUCUGGAGAGCCCGCUGAGGCGGGCUAUGAGGCACCCUCAUCCGGAGGGCCUGCGGCCAUUGGCGAGAGAGCAGAGCUAAAACUGUUUCUGGUUAAAUGGACCCGACUGGACGCCAUAAUCACGCAUGCACGCAAGCGAGAGGACCCAUCGGCUGAAGUUUUUGUGGAGGAGAAGGCUGCAAAUAAAUUCCUAGGACGCCAUCUGUUGUUCAACAAAUUUGACUUUGAAAUAUUCACUCCCGGAAAUUUGGAGAGGGAGUGCAUUGAGGAAAUCUGCAACUAUGAGGAAGCGCGCGAGGUUUUUGAAAAUAUUCCACAAACAGACGCUUUCUGGAAACAGUACACAGAGGCCCAUAGCAGUCCAUCAAGAGUGGAUAUAACUGCUCUACUGAUUGGCCUGGGAGUGUCUCUGAUCUCCAUUGUCCUCCUAGCACUGCUGAUUUGGUUCUUUUGUCAAAGAAAGUACAAGAAAAAUAGCAACAGAAGGGGCCCUGUACGGCGAGGAAGCGCUGUACCUUUGUCCGGGGGACCGGAGAUCGCCAUGCAGCCCAUAGGCCCGCCUGCGGGACCCCUGCCUCCGCAUGGCCUCCCCAGCUACGACCAGGCCAUGACCAACAUCGGGCCUCACGACGCCCCUCCACCGCCGUAUCCAGGAUCAAGAACAGGAAGCAGGCAACAGUAGCAUUUAUGGAUGGCGUCAUUAUACUGGGAUGUUUGAAGGAUUUUUAAUUUAAUCUGGUUAAGGAGGAAUACAUGACUAAUUUUUGUACUUUUUUAUUCUGAAAUAUUGAGUUUAAUUUGUGUAGUAUUUCAAGAUUAUUUCAUUGAAUCAUUGUAAAACGUGUUAAUUGAUACUGUGAACAACAAUGGUAUUUGUUUUAUGUGCAUUGUUUUGUAUAUCGUAAUUGAUGUAAUAUAUUGAUAAAGACAUUUUUAUUUUACACUGACAAUUAAAUCAUUGAAAAGGAUAUAA